AUCAUUACCAAAGUAAGUGUCAAUACAUAUACUGGUUAGUGAAUUUAUCAUUUUGCAGUGAAAAAUAAUAUUUUGAAAAAAGAAUAAUAACACACAGUGUACCAAAACUAUAUAAAACUAGUAAUGUGAUUUAUUAAAAUGUUCAGUAAAUAUUACUAAUGGAGCUUGAUGUAAUUCUAUUAACGCUAUGGAUAUGGAUGAUACCAUUGGCAGUAGAAUCCGGUGUGUUGCGAAAUUAUGAUCUUCAGGAGAUGCCAUGCCUUUCUUAUGUACUUAAUGGCCUUCUACAUAUUGACUGCUCUGAUGCUGAACUAACUGAAUUGCCCUCUGACUUGAAUUAUAAUGCACAAGUCCUCGAUCUGUCAAAUAACAACUUCGCAACAUUUCCAGCCGAACUCGAACAUUUUUCUAAAAUAGAAUACUUGGACUUAUCUGGAAAUCACUUGAACAGUCCGUUGCCGGCAUAUAUGCCAAAUUUAAAAGACCUGAAGACUUUAAAUUUAUCAAAUAAUAAUUACGAAGUUUGGGUGGUAACCAGGCAGACCUAUAUGAUCACAAUAUUAGACUUAUCUAAAAACAAAAUCAAUAAAAUCGACGAUGGCGCUUUCAGCGAAUUUCCUCACUUGUACUUCCUUAAUUUGUUUGAAAAUAGAAUUUACGACUUUCCACCGAAUACAUUUGCGGAAACCAAAAACUUGGACACGCUCAUUUUGUCCAGAAAUUACUUUUCCGCUGUACCAAAAUUCCAAUCGUCGUCUUUGACGAGCCUUCACUUAAGCAACUGUCAAAUAACAAAUUUAAGUGUAAAUUCAUUACUCGAUAUGAACUCAUUACUGCACAUCGAUCUAUCUAUGAACCAAAUUGAAAAUAUUCCUGAUUAUUUUGUGUCGCAUACGCUGCAAGAAUUAGAUUUAAGUUACAACUACAUUACAUCGCUCACAGAUAAUAGUUUCUCGUCAUUGCCGCAUUUAGCGGUUUUAGAUUUGAGAGGAAACGACUUCAAAGAUGUAUGGUCGACUUCACACUUCGCCUCAAAUCCAUAUUUGAGGGAAAUCCAAGUGAAAGGAAACCGAUGGAGCUGCGAAGGUUUUAGCGUCAAUUUGCUACUCACUUAUGAAUUUUUGACUAAGCAACCACCGAAAACUAAAGAUGUAGCAUCUCUUAUUUGUUAUUCGCCUUCAAAUGUAACACAAAUGAGUUGGCGGCAGGCGUAUAUAAGAACUUGGCACCCAGAUGACUCCUCCGAGUCUUACACAGCGAUAGCGGUGAUGGUUGGGAUUGUAAUUGGCAUUGUGCUUACUUCGUUUGUUUGCCGGGGACUGAUAGCUAUAAACAGAUCAGAGAAUUCGACGCCAACUCCAGAGACGACAGUUUUGAAUCUCAAUGGUACGAGUCAGUCAUCUGAAGCCGUGGUUUUGCGAAUUCCUCUGCAGGAAGACCUUCCCCCGACAUACGAUGAGGCUCUGCUUAUGCCACGGUUGAAUGCCUCGUUCCAUUCCUUACCCGAUUUCGUUGAUGAAGAUGAAAACGAAACACAAAGUCAUCGUCGCUCUCGGUCUAUUGGUGAUCUCACGGAAUAUAGACCUAGAACAUUCGAUAGACGCUCUAUAAGACGGACAAUACAAAUACAUAAUAGUAAUUUAUCGAAACCAAACCCAUCGUCUUUAAGAGAUGAUACAGUGUUAAAUUGCUACAUCGCCAAGGUUGUCAUUGUUGUCAUCAGAUUGGUUGCUAUAGUUGUAAUCACAGAAUAUCAGCACACAAAAGAAUACGAAAUAUGGUUCGAGAUUUUAAUAACAGGAACAGGUGACGUGAUGCUCUUUAAGGUGACAGCGGGUAUUCUGCUUUCAUAUAUCCUGAUUAUAAAAGGGGAACUGUUGGACUUUGAAGAUGGAACAUCGGAUAGAGUUUGCAGUAUUUGUCACUGCAGCAAAGAUAAAACAUCCGUCGACUGUUCACGUAGAGGUCUCACAGAGAUUCCUGAGGGUCUUGAUAGAAAGGUGAAAUAUCUGAAUAUUUCAAAUAAUGAAAUAACCGACUUCCCCAAUCUGGCAGCAGUUUACAAUUUAAUUUCCUUGGAUGUAAGCGGAAAUCUUCUCAAUAAAAUGUCAGAAGAUGCACUUUAUAAUCUUACAAAAAUAGAAAUACUUAAUUUGUCAAGUAAUAAUUUUGAAGAAUGGUUCAAGCUAAACCCUAACUUUCUUCUUCGGGGAACACCAGUCUUAAAAACCUUAGAUUUAUCACAUAAUAAAUUCAAAUCAAUGAACAAUUUACAAACUCAUGAACUUUUUAUAAGCCAAUCUUUAGAAAUCUUGAUUCUGGAUAACUGCGAAAUAAACUCUAUACACGGAAGAUCGUUUUUAAGUGGACUUACUAAUUUACAAGAACUACAAUUAAAUUCAAACCCUUUAAUGAGACUUCAAAACUUGGUUUCGCAAUCUUUAAAGAAACUCUUUAUUAGCAACACACAACUAAUGUCAAUUGAAUCUAUUGAUUUAUCUUCUUUGACAUCAUUAAUUUAUUUAAGGUUAUCAUACAAUUAUCGGUUGAAAUUGUCUUCAACCAAAAUAGUAUCAGAUACUGUCAAAUACUUAGAUAUAUCUUACUGUAAUUUACUAAAACCUAAUAUACAAGGAUUUCCAAAUUUGAAAAAAGCUAUAAUUAGUCAUAACACGAUUAGAUAUCUAAUAAGUAAUGAAUUUGUCAAUAACACAAAGUUAGAAUAUUUAGAUUUAUCAUACAAUAAUAUUGGAUCUCUAAGAACAAAUACCUUUCGAGGUCUUGGUUUAUUAAAAUUUUUGGAUUUAUCUUGGAAUGAAAUAGCUACUGUACCGGAAAAUAGUUUACUAGAAAUGCCUUCACUUACUCAUAUAAGACUAUCUAGAAAUUACCUUACACGCGUUGGUCACUUAAAAUCAGAAUCAUUGACAGACUUAGAUAUGAGUUCCUGCGAAAUUAAUUCUAUUGGGAAAGAUUCUUUAGAAGGCCUACAAUCACUUGUUGAUUUAGAUUUAUCUCAUAAUGUUAUUUCGCACAUUCCAGAUAGUAUUUCAUCUAACACACUCAAAUAUUUGAAUUUAAACGUUAACAGAAUAAGUUUUAUAAAUAAUUAUACUUUUUUUAUGCUUCCACGAUUAACAAGUUUAUCAUUGAUCGGUAAUAGGUUUACAACCAUAUGGAAAAGAUCUUAUUUUCAAUCAAAUCCGUAUUUGGAGAGACUUGAAGUAAGCGACAAUAUGUGGCGAUGCGAUUGUAAAGAUGAUAAUAUGUAUGAUUUUUAUGAGUUUCUGACUCUAGAACCUUACGGCAAAGAAGAUUCAUAUAAUCUUAUAUGUAACAGUCCAACAAAUGUAAUUGGACAAACUUGGUUGGAAGCAUGUUACUUUAUAUGGAAUCCACCAGAAAAAGGACCUAAUCCAGAUAGUUUGAUUUGGUUUUUAAUUAUUAUGAUUAUAGGUUUAGCAUCCUGUAUAGCAAUAGUAAAUUGUAUCAGAAAUUCUAUGAAACGGCGUUUAGCAGCAUUACAAGCAGAUAGGGAAAGACAAGCGGAGGAAAUUAGGGAUAGGUUAAGACAAGAGAGAAUACGUGCAGAACAAGAAGCAUUAUGUAACACUCCAGAUCCUAGGGACUUAGUCCCACCUCCCACGUACGACGAAGCUCUUACGAUGCCUAAAUUGAGUGCAUCUUAUCAUUCACUGUGUGAAGCCGGAACAGGUAAAACAAAGCGAAGACGAGGACGAAGAAAAACCAAAUCUAGUGGCGAUUUAUUGGAAGAGACUGAAAGAAACGGUAAUUUACCUGUAAUUAAUGAUUUAGAACUUACCGAGGUAAAUGACCAUAACGAUAGACAAAGGCGCAGACGAAGAACAAGAACGUGUGGUAGCCAAGAAAUUAGUGAACUGGAGCAAUCACCCGGUGCACGUCGCAGGCGCAUGUCAGAAUAUGGUAUCGUUGAUAAUGAUAUUGAAGUAGAAGUUGAACUGACACAACCUUUACGUGAAAGAACAAGAAGACACUCUAGUGAUAAUGAUGAACUACGAGAAAGUGAUUUUUAGUGAGAGAAGUGAUUUUUAGCCAUUCUUUUAUUCUUCGUUGCAGUGGCGUUAUAAGACGGUAGCAAAGCGAGCAAAAUGCCAUGGGCUCCCAACCUGAGUGGUUUACCUGGUUCUAGUAGUCGUAAGCACAGAAAGAAUUUAACAUUUAUUAAAUAAAAAAAAUAGUGUUUAAUCAAUUUAAGAAGUAAAUAUUUUUUUUUAAUUAAUUAAAGAAUUGAACUAUUAACUGAAGGACACACAUGCAUGAAUUAUAUAAAUAAAUUAUGAAGAUUUCACCAAGGCAUUUUCAAGUAAAAACCAAAAUAGACACAUUAAUUACAAUAGUGUUGGUAAAUAUACAUAUUAGCAUAGUCAUAUCAAAUGAUUUAGAUAAAGGAAGGGUUGAGCCUCUGAGUUUACCCCAGGCCUCAGAUGGUAUAUUUACGCCACUGCUUCGUUGCUUAUUCGAUAUAUUAUUAAGUAAAGAAGAGAAAUAUAUAGUACAUUAUUUUUUAUAACUUCUAUCCGUAUAGGUAGUUUAUAUAUUGGAACCAUUGUUAGUUUAAGUAGGCACCUACCUACAAAAUAUAUCUAUUUUAAUUUAAAAUAAUGUUAUAAACAAUAAUAAUAUCAUAAACAAUAACUUUCAGCUGAAUAAUAAGCUUCCAAUAAUAUCAAAUUAAAUAAUUAUAUAAACUAUUUUAUAAGUAACUUUAUAUAUAUUUUUUUUAUUAAAAUCGACAAUUGAUAUACUCAAGUGUGACUGAUCAAUUUAUCUGUUAUAUUAUUUAAACAAGAUAAAUAUGCACUAUUUAUUACCUUCUUUUUUGCGGCUAACCCGAACUUAUUUUUUGAAUUAAUGUGAAUUAAAUUAUUAAUUACUUUCGAGUGUUUCAAUUAUAAGAGCAAAAUAUUACAGAAUAUAUUUUGAAUUUCCAGUACUUUUUGUUAUUAUAAUUAGAUGUAUUUGAUACUGAUAUAUAAGCAUAAUGACAAAAAAAUAUAUAACGAUAUUUUUAUGUAUAAGAUCAAAUUUUAUGAUGGAUUUCUUUUAUAUUCAGCUAAAACUGACCCACCGAAUGUAAAUUCGUUAAAUCGGUUUCAAUGAGUACCAACUAUAACGAUUAUAAGUAGGUAAUGAUAGAGUAUGAAGUUCAUCACAAAUUCAAUAUACAAGAAAGCUUAUUAAAAAUAUUUUCAAUA